CAACAAAUAUUGAUCAGUAGAGCUGCUCCUCCUUCGUUUCGGUGGUCGGUCACGGGAUCAUGAUCUGACUCUUUGUAGUCUCUUCCGAUUCGGCAUGGCCACAUGAAAUUCCAAUUCCAACAUGUGUCUUGAAGUUAGUAUUUGACUCAUUUUCUCUUCUGUCUUCUCCAAAAUCUUCGAAACAGGUACAGGUACAGUUCCUGAAAUUGUUCUUGAGUAAGUAUUGGUAGCUGUAGCACUUCUACGCCUCCUAUACUCGACUUCUCUGAGUAGAGCAAGAUAGAAACUCGUGGUCUACGUAAGUUAAAUAUCUGCCGUACGUGUACUUUUAAACUGAAGAAAGAAGAACUGUUGUAGUUUGAUAGCAACCAUCUCCAUCCGAACCCCAGUUGUGUUCUGGAUUCUUGAUACAAAUUUUUACUACUCCAAGCAACCGCAACAGACCCAAUUGCAGGAACUACACACCUAGAUUGAUACUACCGCCGUACUUGCUGCACCAGCUACUUUCAUUGAUUCGUCUCCCGCCCGCUUCUAAAAUGACCGUCGUCUACGGUGUUCUUGAUGAAGCUGCAAAAACUUCUGGUCUUGUUCUUACGAAAGACGCAGCGUGUAGUACUUCUACAACUACUUCCUCCGCCGCUAGUACCAAUAAAACGGCGAAGAACUACACUACCAGUACCACCCCCACGGCCCCCACGACCCACACGACCCCGCCCCAGCUUCUGGAUUGGUGCGCCACCGCGGCGACGUUUCUGGGCCACAUCGCGCACCGCGAGACCCCCACCAACGCGGCCGCUGCCGCGGCGGAGGCCCACGGCGAGCCGCCGGGAUUGGGGGACUUCCUGUGUCAGUACGUCGAAGAAAAGGAACGACGGAAAGUAAAGCGUCAGCUAUCAAAUGUAAAAAUGUCUGGGUCUGGAAGAUUGCCAGGUUUGUCAUGCACAUUUUGCAUCAUGACUGCUGAUGCCUGUGAUGCAUGCCCUAGCGUCACAGAUUUUGUGAGGGCUUCCUGAUGCCUAUACCGCAUGACAAAUGGUGUUUCCGUGUAGCAAAACUUGGACUCUCUUUGCUGCUCAUGCAAUACAGAUUUGUUUAGAAUCCAAAAUCAGCAUGACAGACAAGUUGGAUUCUUCCAGAGGACCCAGACAUUUUUACAAAUGAUAUCAGCUUGAAAAAAACUACUCCACCCAGAACGUUCUUGUACAAGAACUACGAAGGCGGGACGGUCACGACCUACAAGCUGCCGCGUCACUACAGGCUGAAGCGAGUGUAGUUCUUGGGGUCGCGGCUAACAUCGAACAGGGAAGUCGUGCUGAGGCCCUCGGCGUGAGGACCCAUUGCAGUGAAGAACAAGAACCUUCGGCUCCUUCACCUACUUGCAGCUCUAGCGCAGCCUCUUCAACCGCAGGUGUGGAAAUAAGCAGGCCCUCGUCCUUGCAAGGGAUCUUGAAAAAAGACAGCAGUGGUGAACAACAUCACCUUCCAGGGGCUUGGUUUACAACAACAAUUCCGGGAAAACGAGAACAGAAAUUGUACCAAGAUCCAAGAAAAGUCUCUGCUCAACAGGAGCAUCAUUUUUCCGCGUUCGACGUGGUCCCUGCGGAAGCAGAAAUUGUUGGCGCUCCUGUAGUCGAAGAUGCAAAUGGAAGAACAAGCCGAACAGACACUGGAACACCAGCACCAGCAGUACUAGCCGGCCAACAAGUAGAACAUCAUUCCGAGGACAAGAAAAGCGACGUCAAAAAUGCCAGCUCCAGUGAGCAGGGUCCUCUUGUUGAUGUUCUGUCGCAGAAAAUAUUGUUAAAUGAGCCGGCCGCUCUCCGCUCCAUGCUGGAGUACCUCAAUAAGCCGCUAGUUGUGCUGGAUUUGGACGAGGCCUUUUUAUUCCCCAUCCUGGACGAAGCGGAGGAUGAUGGGAUUCAGGAUCAGGGUAUUGCACUUCUAAAUGUGGAAAACGAGAAUCAGGAAGGAAAUGCAAGUUGUACUACAACCAGAGAGAGCAACACCAACAGCCGGCGUGUACCAAGUAGAACAUGUCACCAGGAGCUAAUAUCCCAGUUCAAGCGAAACGUCUUGGCUCUGAAACGCUUUCAAGCAACCGGGGCAGCUGCGACCACGACGGUGCUCCCCGUCAGUGCGGAAAAUCCGUCCGUGGUUGCGAAAAAGUUUGAGGAGGGCUACAAGCGGCUGGCGGGAGUGGAACAGCGAGGAGCCGAUGUGGAACUUCUAGCAAAGAAUUAUCUGGACGACAAAGAGAACGUCGACGAGGACCAAGCUACAUCAGCUCUGGAUGUUGUUGACCACCGCGAGUCGUCCUCCGAUAUUAAAAAUUCUUCGUAUAAUAAUUUUUACGAUCCAAAGACCAGCCCGGGAAUUUACGUGAACGGUGCUUAUGUCCAAGGGUUCGGCGGCAGAGUGAUCAAAGAGUUCGCGUUGCGGGAUAUGAAAGACAUCAAAAGCCGCAGCUCGCCACCGGUGGAGCAAGCACAAGCUUCAUCUUCCAGCCGGGGAGCAGGAGGAGCAGCACCAGCAGCUGCAGGACCUCUCUAUCACGCGACCAGGUGGACGUCCUCGUCGGCCACACUACAACAACCGCCGCCCGGAUUAAUGAUAGCAGGUGCGUGGACAUACGCAGCAGUAGCAGCGAGAAGUAGUAGGUCCACGCAAGAACGGCAUCAACUAGGUUUUGUUGAACAAGGACAAGAGCAACACGCACUACAAGUGGACGGCUUCAGCGUCUUGCUGAGAUUUGCGGAAGAAAAGGUCUUCACUGCAGAAGGAAGAGCGGAAUUCGGGGAAAACAUCAAGCUCCACUUCACAUCCCGAAAGGAAACUUACGCGCUAGCAGCACAAGAAAGCAAGAUGAGGAAGACCAAGAGCGUGGAAGUCGAAAAUAAAAAAUCGAGAUUGUCGAAGAUGAAGAAGAGGACCAACAUGUUCUUGGACGAGGCACCAGGACCAGCAGCAGCAGUAGAUUCGGCCUCUUUGCUGAAGAGGGAACUAGAAGAAUUUGCGAAGAAACUGAGAGAACAAGAGGGCGCUCCUCUGAAGAACAUUAAAGCCAGUGCGACGUCGACGUCGAAAAGCAAAACCGACGAAGCUGCAAAAAGAAAAACUACGUGUACAUAUGACGUUGAUCCAGUCGUUUUCUACGACGCAGAGACUUUGCUUCGGAAGGUAGACAAUAACGAGCUCGCGCCGGCGCUCCGUGCUGACUGGGUUUGGCCGAACAUGCCUGUGCAGCGGGGGCCUACAGUGUCGUCCAUGACAUCAGUACCGCUGGUGGAUGAAGAAGCAGCAGCGGAACUACAAGUACAACACGCGAUGAGGAUGAACGACGUCGAAAGGUGGAAUAUUAAAAUCACGCGAGCCCAGCUUCGCCUGCAGGCGGCACUGACGAGCUAUCUGGAGGAAAAUUAUGCGGGUAGUUUCAAGUACAAUUGGGAGAUCUGUACUAGUGAUACGAGCCAGUCUUGUUACGGUGGUUCGUCCGACUGCACUUCAUCUCGAGGCCCCACCUCCGUCCUCCGGAUGACCUUGCCAAACGUUAGCAAGGCCGCCGCAGUCGAACGGUUCCUGGAGGAUGAUGAGGUGAGAAGGAUGUUGAAUUUGAGGAGCUUCAAGGAUUUGCUUUUCAAGAAAAUGGCGCUGAAUGCUGCGGCCGCGGCGGGGUAUCCUUCAAAAUAUUUAUCUGCAGCGAGUGGUGCAGGAGCUGGUGGUCCCGUACAACUAAGUCUACCUGAUGAACAAGAACCUGCUAGUGCCGUCGUCUUUCCAGGACUUUAUUUGAAGGACAACGCGAAGACGCGACGACUGGCGAAGCACCGUGAGUUAUCAAAUGUAAAAAUGUCUGGGUCUGGAAGAUUGCAGGAGUUUGUCAUGCAUCUUCUGGAUCACGCAACUGGGCUAUACUGCACGCAAAAGCAUUACAGGUCUUGCGCAGGCCUCCUGAUGUCAAUCCCGCAUGGGAAAUUCCCUAUUUGCGUAGCAAGAAAUUAUGGGAGGCUUUUGGUGCUUAUGCAACACAAAUUUUUAACUGUUCCAGAAAUCGCAUGACAAGUUCCAAUUCUUCCAGACCCAGACACUUUUGCAAUCCAUACGAGUUAGAAGAGUUGAAGCAUGACGUGAGAACCAAAGUCGCGGUUUUCGCCGGCAGCACGAGAAGUAGUCCGCUCGUCGCGCCUUCUUCAAGCAGGACUGCAACUCAAGAAAAGGAAACCACGCCGCAUGGAACAGGAGGUCCCAGUCCCACUGCCGCCAGUACUACAACAUCAACAGCAUCACAAGCUGUAUCACCCACAACUUCGACUCAAAACCCAAAAACCCUGUUCGAGAAGCUCCCGAGGAGUAAAGCCCAGGCGGGGAUUCGAAUCGGGCGGAAAAAUGCUUGUCAGGAGCUCUACGGAUACGCUAAUGUGCAGGCGGAAUUGUCUGAGGUGCUGAACGUGAUCCGUGCCGUUUCGAAAUUGCACAGACUGUUGCAUCAAGACGCGGGGGUACUGAGGCUGGAGAAGGAAUUGGAUGAGGUGGACAAAAAAAUCUUGGGCAAGUUUGCGGACCUCCUCGGGAAGUUGAAAAUUAUGACAAGUACUAGCAGCGGAGGUGGUAGUUGUACCAGUAGGUCCACAUCUACCACGUCUACUGCGGACAUCAGCAGCUUCAGCUUCGAGGAUGUACUUUCGUCGGAAAGGAGUGAUGAUUUCGCAGGUAGUUCUUGUUGUUCUGCGGAAGGUUUAUCAGCUCCGUGGAAGGAAGUGGUAGCAAAGGCGGUGGCUGCCCUGCCAGUGGUGCAGCAAAACCGGUUUUUGGGCGAUAUCUAGAAGUGGCGACAUUAGUGUAGUUGCUCGUUAGUUGCAAAAUGAGUAAAAAAAAGUAGCAAGAAGGCCUGAUUUAUUCUUGUCGAGCAGCGCCUCAAGGGUUCAUCUUCAUCUUUGGAUCUUUGUCUUUCUACGAGACUUAGUACUAGAUCGUACCCGGUACUGCAACACCUUUUGAUUCGAAAAUGAGGCCUCAACAUCUCUCUGCAUUUCUAGGGUGUAGUAGAAAUAACAAGCUUUUGCUUGUGCUCUAUGCGCUUGUGCAGUGAAGAAGAAGAUGUAGUUCUAGUUGUAGACCUGUCGCAGCUCCUCUGGUUGUCGACCAUGUCGAGCAACAAGCUUCUACUUCAAGUUGCCCCAAGGACGGACGAGGAGCUCGGGGCAGUAGUGCGUUGAAUCAUAUUGCGCCCGAGUAGAUCAUCGUCCCGGAGGAGCGACAUUUAUUGAUGUUUUGAACCCUUCAUGAUGCUUUGAGUCCUCGUGGUUCUCUCUUUACUUCAUCAAAAGUAUUAGUAAUUAGUGAGCAUCUGGCUCAGCAGCAUGCAGCAUCAUGAAAAAGUACAUACUUACAGCUUGGAAAUGGGAUAGAUUCCGACUGUGCUUGCCCUUGGAAUUAGGCUUCAAAUUAUGACAACACAACAUGGCCGCAGCCGCAGGGUAGGACCACGUUAGUUUGUUGACACGAGUAUGGCACAACGCCGAUGAAAUAACCGCACGGAAUAUCAAUAUGUGUAUUCCUAUUCCAGCUUUUAGUAGUCGAACUCGCAGAGUACACUUUUUCUCUACAAGAACAUAUUCCCAGUUGUACCUCUAACUUUACGCGGCGGUGGCUCUGUCGCAGGGAACAGUAGGUUACGUAUUUUUUGAAACGAAAUUCUAUGUUGCUCAAAAGGAGUGACGCAAAAGAACAACUACAUAUAAAAUUAGAACAUAUAUGCGCCUACAGUUUUGACUUGAUCGUUGGCCAUAUACAUAGAAUACAGCAGGAGGAGUAAACUGCUACACAGAAAGAAACAGAAACACAGUUGCAGGUCGGAUGAAAAUCAUAAUCAACCAAAAAAGAAAUAAGCAAAUAGAAGA